GCGCGAAGAGCUGCGUCAACCGAGCUCCUGUCAGGAGCAUAUCUCAGAUGUCCCCCUUUCCACCCCCACCCCCCCGCGCUUCAAUAGCUGUUGGAACAAUCCUCAUUGCAGGGUGUGGAUCUGGAGCCGGACAGAUAGGCUAGUCAACAGGGAGUAAUAACGGGAAAGGGGCGAAUAUGACUUAAACCAGCCCGACUCGGAAAUAUUUUCGGAGAACAAAAUUGUUGCGGAAGAUUCUAAAGUGUGAAAACCGAAAACCAGGGGGACAGUAGCGCUCGCGAACUCAAGUAGACACACGCAGGAGGAGAGCGACUGCCAACUGAGUCCUACGCGGAAGCUUCAGACAAGCAGACAGGAUGGAAGUAAUAACACAGGAAAAGAUCUUUGUAGUUUUUGUUGAUCUCGACAUUAAGUAGCUGGGAACCUUGAAGAAAUUUUCCGGCACAAAUCUGACUACGCAAGAUUAGCCUAAAACGCUUGUAUUGUAUUAACACUCGCUCGUGUUAUUGUUGGGGAAUGCAUUGACGGAAUAAGGACAGUUACUUGCAUUGUUGUUGUGAAGUGAGCUGUCAUUACUUUCUCGCUAAAGGAAACCUUCGGACCCGUGGACCGUGUGGAUUUCCCAUAGUAUUCAAGACCACCGCGUCUACACAAUACAGCUUUUGGUAAAGCUGAAACAACAGGGUUAUUUUGUUAUUGUUUUGAGGACCUGUUACGAAGAAAACAAACGGAGGCUUUGAUCGUGAGCCUCGUCUUCAGGAAUUGUCUUCGUUUGUAUCUCUGAGAUUCUGGGAAAGCUCUCACGAAAGACAUCAAGGAUUUUUUGAAAGCAGUCGUUAAAUGUUGUGCCUGUGACAUCGGUUGCACCUCCGCACUUUGCUUCGUUUCGUUACUUUGUGUGUUCUUUGCAUGCACGUGUUUGUUUCCUCUUCCUUCAGCAUUAUUCGCAAGCUUUAUGCUGUUUUGAGCCUCGUGCCCCAUUUCACCCCCCUCCCUCGACCUGCCAGCACAUAAGGUCACCAUUUGACAUCUGCGGACUUUGCUAGCGUUAGUUCCGUGUAAGGGGGAAGGGUGCAUUUUUUUUUUUGCUGUCUGGCGGAGAAGACUGAUCAACGUUAAGUUUUGUUUUUUCGUAUACAUAUUCCACAAUAAUUUGAAAUCUGUUAUUUUUCUGGAAUAUGCUCCCCCCUAGAAUUGUAUUCUCUGACUAGGAAUAGCCAACUGGGUUUCCUGUUGAAGGAGGAAAUUAGCCAAUGUUUUACGUUUGUUGUCACCUACCUGCUUCAUAGUGACUGAUUAGUUCACUGUAGGUAACCUAGACGCAAUAUAAGAAGCCACUGCUAUUUUUAGUGAGAGUGAUGGGGUAAAUGGUGUUGGAAAUUGAGACCCCCCACCCCCUACCCCCAGCCUACCAACACUUCCAGGUUUAGCUCCGGUUCCCUUGUCAGCUGGCGAACCAUCCUGACUGGAAAAUAUAAGUGUGGGUCCUGGCCCAGUAAGGUUUUACCUACCAUUGAAACAUAUAGAUAUAGAUAUAGAUAUAUAUAUAAGUAUUUUUUUUUAUCUUGAACUGCAGAGAAACUUUUUUCCAAUUCUAAUGGGACUUGUGAAGCAACUGUAGCUGUGAAGUAGACCUUUUGUAACCAAAUAAUAACAACAUAGAGCAGAGAAGACUAUAUAUAUAGAUCUACAAAUAUAAAUAUAUAUAUCUAUAUAGAAGGAUCAGAGAUACACACACACACACACACAUAUAUAUAUAUAUGUAUGUAUAUAUAUAUAAAUUAUAUAGCAAAUACAUAGUUUAAGUAAAUAUAUUUUUACGUCUAAAGUGAGCAUUGUUGCCUGAAACCCAAGUCAUUGCCUUAGAGAAACAUAGUAAUAAAGGGAAUAGUAAUGACAGAAGUGAAUCUGUUUGGAAACAAGUUAAUGGUGCCUUUUCGUUCAUCAGCUCCUUCUGUCUUUGUCGCUUCAGGAUUUCAUUAGUAAUUGAAGAAUAUUUUGUGGUAAACCCAAGUCAGAUCCUUAUGUAUACCUGCCUUUUACGGUUCACACUUGAGUUUUAUUGCUGUUGGAUGUACAGUGCUGGAUCGAAGAAAGUCUGAAGAUUUAUUUGGCAAGGAUUACUUGAUACUUGAUGUGUCCACAACUCUCUCCAAAGUAAUUUAUCGGGAUCCACACACCGAUAAACUUGAUUGACUCGAUUCCUGGGAUACUACGGCCCCCACGUAAGCGUUUCCGAUGGUGAUCACUUCGUCAGUUGAGGAGAAGCCGCAGCCUUCUAACAGAAUGGUCGCAAACUUGCCGACCGAAUCCUGGAUUGGCAACCCAGAUCAGAAUCGCUACAUACCCCAGUCACACCUGCUACGGAAGCCGACAAGAAGUGGAAGCAGCUCAGGAUGCAAGCCCUCCUCCUCUACCCUCUGCCAGCCUGCCGCCUUGGGCUUCUCCCCCGCUGAGCCAACCAUGUCGAGCCAGCACAGCCACCCCUCCUUCAACAUCAACUCCAUGGCCGAGCAGCAGCAGGUGCUGUCAGAUAUGACCAUACUGCAGAGGAGGAUUCCCCCGAGUUUCCGAGAUCCCGCAAGCGCCCCGCUGAGAAAGCUCUCUGUCGAUCUCAUCAAGACUUACAAGCACAUCAAUGAGGUGUACUACACUAAGAAGAAGCGGCGUGCUCAGCAGGUUCCCCCUGAGGACUCCAGCACCAAGAAGGAGCGCAAGGUCUACAAUGACGGCUACGAUGACGACAACUACGACUACAUCGUGAAGAACGGGGAGAAGUGGCUGGACCGCUACGAGAUCGACUCGCUCAUCGGCAAGGGCUCCUUUGGACAGGUGGUGAAAGCCUAUGACCACCACGAGCAGGAGUGGGUGGCCAUCAAGAUCAUCAAAAACAAGAAAGCCUUCCUGAACCAGGCCCAGAUUGAGCUGCGGCUGCUGGAGCUCAUGAACAAACACGACACAGAGAUGAAGUACUAUAUAGUCCACCUGAAGAGGCACUUCAUGUUCCGGAACCACCUGUGCCUGGUGUUCGAGCUUCUCUCCUACAACCUGUACGACCUCCUGCGCAACACCAACUUCCGCGGUGUCUCCCUCAACCUGACGCGCAAGUUCGCCCAGCAGCUGUGCACGGCGCUGCUCUUCCUGGCCACGCCCGAGCUCAGCAUCAUCCACUGCGACCUCAAGCCCGAAAACAUCCUGCUGUGCAACCCCAAGCGCAGCGCCAUCAAGAUUGUCGACUUUGGCAGCUCUUGUCAACUGGGCCAGAGGAUCUACCAGUACAUCCAGAGCCGCUUCUACCGGUCCCCAGAGGUGUUGCUGGGGAUGCCGUACGACCUGGCCAUAGACAUGUGGUCCCUGGGCUGCAUUCUGGUGGAGAUGCAUACGGGCGAGCCGCUGUUCAGUGGCUCCAACGAGGUGGACCAGAUGAAUAAGAUAGUGGAGGUGUUGGGGAUCCCUCCCAACCACAUGCUGGACCAGGCCCCCAAAGCGCGCAAGUACUUCGACAAGCUGUCUGACGGCCUGUGGACCGUCAAGAAAAACAAGGACAUUAAGAAGGUACUAUAUCCCUCGGCUUCUGAGUACAAGCCCCCAGCCACGCGGAGACUCCACGAGAUUCUGGGGGUGGAGACCGGGGGUCCGGGCGGGCGGCGGGCCGGGGAGCAGGGCCACGCCCCGUGCGACUACCUGAAGUUCAAGGACCUGAUCCUGCGCAUGCUGGACUACGACCCCAAGACGCGCAUCACGCCCUUCUACGCCCUGCAGCACAACUUCUUCAAGAAGACCACGGACGAGGGCACCAACACCAGCAGCUCCACCUCCACAAGCCCUGCCAUGGACCACAGCCACUCCACGUCCACCACCAGCUCUGUGUCUAGCUCGGGUGGAUCCAGCGGUUCUUCCAACGACAACCGAAAUUACCGGUACAGCAACCGGUACUACAACAGCGCAGUCACUCACACAGACUACGAGAUGCAGAGUCCACAGGCUCCGUCUCAGCAGCAGUUACGGUGGCCUGGCGGCGAGGCAGGCGGUGACCCCCAGUACCCCCAGCUGCUGCUCCACAAGCCGGCCGCCACGCAGCACUCGCGCCACUUCAUGGGCGGCGGGGGCAUGAUGGAGACGCACCACCCGCACCCCAUCUACGGCAGCCACCACAGCAACGGGCGCGGGCUGCGACAGCCGCAGGGCCCGCAGAACCAGCCGCAGGGCCAGAGCUCGCAGCCCGGCCAGCAGGGCGGCGCUCUCCUGCCCGUCUCGUCCCCGCAGAUGCAGGACAGCAUCGAGCUCAGCCUCACGCACCACCACCACCUGGGUCAGUCUUCCAUCCUGCAGCCGCCCCCACCGUCCAGCCUGGACUCCAGCCAGUACGGCUCCUCAAACCUCCACCUGGGCCUCUCCGCCUUUCGGACUAGGACGGUCAUGGGCGCUCAGCCCCCACAGGCCGCCUCCCAGCAACAGUUGGCCCAGACGCCGGCCUCUCAGGACAGCAUGGUAGCUGCCUCGGGCCUGGGCUACAUCCCCCCCUGCUACCCGGGCAGUAACAACAAUAACAACCCUCCCCAGGGCAGUGUGGGGGUGGGCGGCGGUCUGCUCACCGGGGGGCCUCCGCCGAGGGGAGUCGGGGGCGGAGGGGGGCGGCCCGAUUCCGAGGAGUCGGCCAUGAUGGGCGUGUGCAGCAGUGGAGGUGGCAGCGGUCAGAAUGCAGCCAACUCUUGAUAAAUCUUGAACAAAUUCCAAAAGCCAUACAAAAAGUUUUAAAGGAUAAAAAAACAUAAAAAGGAUGAUCCAACACGCAUUACGGACGCAUAUAGUAACAAACACCUGACACACAGAUGACACAUACACACACUUGGCCACUCAUGACAGAAAUGCAGAGAUAAACUUGUGAAAUAUCAAAGGAUUUUUUGUUUUGUUUUGUUUGUUUAUUUUUUGUUUCGUUUUGUUUUGCAUGGGGAGAAGUU